AUGGACGAAUAUAUCGCCCCUUUGAAUCUAUCCCAUGGCAAGGCUCCGUCACAGUUACGACAUGGAUCCUUCUCUACCCGCACGAUUUCCAAUCAACGCUUGUUUUCAGCUUUGAAAACCCAAUUACGGAUGACACCGCCAUUGACACCCCAUAGUUCAAGAGAAGACAUGGUGGAUCGAAGCAACUCAGAGAGAUCGGCUUUUCCAAACUACCUGCGGGCGUUCUAUCCCUUCCACCCUGGCGCUCCAAUUUCGUCUGCUACCGUCACUCUCCCGCUAGACCAGGGUGAUCUCGUGCUUGUACAUUCCGUUCACACCAACGGCUGGGCUGAUGGCACGCUUCUCGACACUGGUGCUCGAGGAUGGCUCCCUACCAAUUACUGCGAAGCGUAUGACCAGCAACUCAUGCGUCCGCUGUUGAAGGCCUUGAUGGACUUCUGGGAUGUUAUCCGUGCGGGAUCAUGCGCGACUCUACAUCAAUUUGGAAAUCAGGAUUAUAUGAAAGGCAUUAUCGCUGGUGUGCGCUUCCUUCUAGAAAAAUCGGAGUGUUUAAAACGGGAAGAUGAGCUGGUACAGAGACUCGUUGGGCUCCGGCGAAACCGGAAAGCUUUACUCUCCGAUCUCUCGUCGCUGGCGAAAAUGGCCAAGAAUCUACGAGAUAUCGCAAAUGGUGCACCAUUGGACGACUCACUUGAUAAUGUUUUUGACCAAAUGCUCCUCAAGGCCUUUCGAAUAGUCACACGUGGCGUACGUUUUAUGGAUGUCUGGAAUGAGGAAGUUGGUCUGUCCCGAGUCAUGGAAGAAAUGAGUCCCGGCGGUUCUAUUACUCGCAUGUAUGAUGAACCACUCACCCCACCCGUUGAUUCAUCGUUUAGAAUAUCAGACAGUGCUUGGGGAUCGACUCCGGAAUCGUCCGUCAGUGCUGCUUCACGGGUAGAAAGUCGAGCCCGAAGUAACCGGUCCUUUGGCUCCCGUGCUCCUUCGCAGCUCUCCUACAAUGACUCUAACCAGCACCGCCGAUCGUUAAUUCAAGCUAAACGAGUUUCGGUUUCACAUCGAAUAUCUUAUACUGCCACCUCCUCCACCGUUCGGAACCCUAACUUUGCUAGCGAACGUUUGAACGCUGCCAUUGACGAUUUCCUCGGUGUCCUAGGCUCGUUCAUUGGUCUUCAUCUCCACUCUCGUUCUUCAACGGAGCUCAUAGUAACGACCCAACAAGCCGUCCAAUCGUGCCGUGUCCUACUUUCUGUUGUUGAAGAAGUCUGGGAGCAUGAUUUACACCGCUCCGAGGCUCUGGAGCAAGCCAAAGACACAAUGUACGAGCGAAUAACAGAACUUGUUCAUGCUGCGCGUGACGCCUUCCGACCUGCAAAUGGCAGCGACGAUGAAACAAUAUUCAUGCCGGACGAGGGAAAACGUCUGGUUGAUGCUGCGACUGUUUGUGUGCGCGGAGCAGGUGACUGCGUUGCCAAAGCUCGACAAGUGUUGGAACAAGUUGGAGAUUUUGAGAUUGAAAAUAUUGAAGCUGUUGGCCUAGGCAUCUCGACUGCGGAUAGCGACAAAAGCGAUUCCUCCCCGGAUGAUUUUGGAGGAGCCUUGGAUACAGAGACACCGAAAAUACUGUCCGCUAAUGGAGACUCCCACAAAUCGGACACAAAUGAACGCUCUACACGGCUACCACCACCGUUACAAAUUCCUAGCUGUUCGUUGUCAACAUCCUCGUUGACACCUUCACUGACAACGGAUGGAGGCACAACCCCUUCACCGAGCUUUAUUACUACCGCCAUCGAUACCCCAACAUCUACACUGGAUGAACCAUUCACCGCGGCUUUCUCUUCAUUCACUGAUCUGGAUGACUCCCUUCUUGGCGCCACCGACCUUGGAGAGACCCAGGACCCUCCUAUCUAUAUUCACGCUAAAAACAAAGAGGAAAAGGCCGAAUCGCAGGGAGAGGGAACUCGAGGCGUCACGAGUGUUGAAACCGAACGAACUUGCGUGGAUACGAUCGAUGAUUCUCAGGUUACCAUUUCCAGCCGCCCAUCUACGGCUGUUGAUGAUAGUCAACCACCGCCGCCCCCGUUGAAGGAUGAUGUGGCUUCGAUUCACCAUAGCGACGGGGAGCAAGGAGAGGAUAGCGAAGAGUGCAUUCUUGAAAAGACCUUUGCACAUGAACUAAUGUUUAAGGAUGGCCAGGUUAUUGGUGGGAGUCUUCGAGCCCUUAUUGAGAAACUCACUGCUCACGAAUCCACGCCGGAUGCCAUGUUUGUCUCGACGUUUUACCUCACUUUCCGCCACUUUGCAACUCCAGUUGAGUUUGCGGAAGCCUUGAUCGAUCGGUACGAUUAUAUUGGCGACAACGCCAAAGCUGGCGGCCCAGUUCGGCUUCGCGUGUCAAACAUCUUCAAGGGGUGGUUGGAAGCCCAUUGGCGCCAUGACUGUGACGAUAGCGCCUUGCCAUGCAUCUUGAGCUUCGCACGCUCAAAGCUCAUGGAUACGUUGCCGACUGCCGGACAACGACUCAUUGAACUCGUGGAAGAAGUGUCAAUUCUCACGGUCCCCUCGUGCCACGAUUGGUUUCAUCAAUGGGCAAGACAAAUACUUCGAUUGCUCAAUAUUCAGACUAUCACCAUUUUGGACUUUGAUCCGAUGGAGUUGGCUCGGCAGCUCACUCUGAAAGAGUCGAGCAUAUUCUGUGCCAUCCUCCCCGAAGAACUCCUUGGUACUGAGUGGAUGAAGAAGACUGGCUCCUUGGCCGUCAAUGUCCGUGCGAUGUCGACACUGUCAACUGAUCUUGCGAAUCUAGUUGCUGAUUGCAUUCUGCAAUUGGAAGAGCCGAAGAAACGAGCUCUUGUGAUCAAGCAAUGGGUUAAGAUUGCAUCAAAGUGCCUCGAACUGAAUAACUAUGACAGCUUGAUGGCAAUCAUUUGCUCAUUGAAUUCGUCGACUAUUUCGCGCCUCAAGCGAACCUGGGAACUGGUCUCACAGAAAACGAAGAACACUCUAGAAACCCUUCGGGAAAUCGUCGAUGUGUCCCGAAACUACGCUGUUCUGCGACACCGUAUCCAGAACCAUGUGCCUCCAUGCUUGCCAUUUGUGGGAACAUACUUGACGGACCUGACAUUUGUUGACCAUGGCAACCAAGACACUCGAACACUUACAGCGGAUGGUGGCUCGAUUGAAGUCAUCAACUACGAUAAGCACAUGAAAACCGCCAAAAUUAUCAGCGAGCUUCAACGGUUCCAGAUCCCAUAUCGACUGACAGAAGUUCCUGAACUACAGACUUGGAUCCAGGAUCAGCUGGUUCGCGUGCGUUCGGCCGGCGAGAAGGGGUUCCAGAACUACUACCGACGGUCUCUGAUCCUUGAGCCUCGAGAACGAUCGACGCAGCGCAACUCGCCCGGAGACGCGAACGCUUUCUCCAUCUUUUCGCGCGAAAACGCAAAGGAGAAAUUCGAUUUCCUAGCCUGGACGCAGAGUGCAAAAACAAAAGCUGCUGCAGCAGCAGCUGCCGCCACCAGCUAG